AUGCCACAGAAGCUGUUGCGGGAUCAACGAAGGGCCCGCUAUGACCGCGAGAUGAAGAACUACCUGCCCAGCAAGGUGGAUAAUAAGGCGAAGGGCAAGAAGAAAGACCCCAAUGCGCCCAAGAGGCCCCCAUCUGCCUUCUUCCUGUUUUGCUCUGAAUAUCGCCCCAAGAUCAAGAGUGAGCACCCUGGGCUGUCCAUUGGGGAUACGGCCAAAAAGUUGGGGGAGAUGUGGUCUGAGCAAUCUGCCAAGGAUAAGCAGCCCUACAAGCAGAAAGCAGUGAAGCUGAAGGAGAAAUACGAAAAGGAUAUUGCUGCAUACCGUGCCAAGGGCAAAAGUGAAGUAGGAAAGAAAGGUCCUGGCAGGCCUACAGGUUCAAAGAAGAAGAAUGAACCAGAAGAUGAUGAAGAGGAGGAGGAGGAGGAGGAGGAAGAGGAAGACGAGGAGGAGGAGGAAGAUGAAGAAGAAUAAAUGGCUAUUCUGUAAUGAUAAUGGAUGGGGUGU